GUAAUUUCCCUGUUCUCUAUUUACAUCAUUGUGGUAUUAUUCGUGGGAUUGUUUUGUGAGGUCCAGGAUAUAUAUAAGUGUGAAAUCAAACACUGUGACCAGUACAUCUUCAGCCAUGUAUAGAUGUAAAAUGAAAACCAUCCUCUUUGUUUUUGCUGCAGUCCACAUCUUCUACACCUCUGCGCAAUCAUGUGCAAGUUCAACCUUCCCAAUUGUUGAAAAUGCUACAAUUGCACAGGUGAAUGUGGACUCCUCAAACAGCAACCUCUUUGCUGUUACAAGAUGUGAAGUUCUCCAUGAGGCUAAUUUAGGAGAACGCCUAUUCCUGGUGGUAAUAGUUAUCGAUAUCCAGGGAACUGUGUGUCUGAACAACUCCGGUAUCGACCCAUCAAUCUGUGACCUGAUACCCAUCAUGAAUGCUGAAACUGCUACGUGUACAAGCACAAUCUCACUGCGGGCGGGCCAAGUUCAAAACGUUGCAGUCCAGUGCUUUAACACAAACGUGACAACACCAGCAAUUACCCCGACCACACCGGUGACCACACCGAGCAUUUUAGUUACCACACUGGACACCACAGACAGCACUUUAGUCACCACUCCGACCACACUGGACACCACAGACAGCACUUUAGUUACCACACUGACCACACUGGACACCACAGACAGCACUUUAGUUACCACUCCGACCACACUGGACACCACAGACAGCACUUUAGUUACUACACUGGACACCACAGACAGCACUUUAGUUACCACACCGACCACAUUGGACACCACAGACAGCACUUUAGUUACCACACCGACCACAACUGUGACCACACCAACUACCACGGCCACCACUACCACUCCGACCACCACACCAACCACAACCACCACAACAACCAAAAAACCCAGAAAACGACCAUCAUCUUCAUCAUCAUCAUCAUCAUCAUCAUCAUCAUCAUCAUCAUCAUCAUCCGAAAGCGAUGAACGAUCAAGGAGAUGCACGAGAAAGAACUAUGGCCGAAGAAGAGGAAGGUAUUGCAGGAGGAGAUCUGGCCGCCGGGGGUGGAGGGGAUAUUCGCGCAGGCAGAAGAAACAUAAUAGGCGAAGGAGUCUAACCAGAGUUAUUCGUUUUGCUCCGGCUGCAGCUCUCAAGACAGAAGAGAAUCAAGAUAGUAAAAUAUACGCCACUGACUUCUGACAGUAGGAGAUCUGACAAAGCAGCUCCAGAACAUGAAUUGCUCAAAAGCCUUCUACAGGGUGUACUACAAUUACUGCCGGGUCUGAUAUUCUCCUGCAUGUAACUGCUGGGAUUCUCAUGUUUAACGUGAGAGUUCUCUUCCUCUCCUCUGCAAUCUCUGUCUUUUCCCUGCAAUCCAACGAGUUGUAGCAGCCUGACUGCUGCUGGAGACUGAUAUACAAUAAAAUAUUAGGAAAUGUACCAACCUGGAUGGGGUCUCAUCAGAUACUGUGCUUUUCCGGAUGUAAACAAUCCUAUAGCUGUUUCACACAACUUUUCAAAUAUUUUUUCUUGAUUUUUCAUGGGAUAUCAUUUGGUAUUAGAGUUAAAGCAAUCAUGUAUUUGAUUAAACAAUAGUUGCAACUUGAUUCCUUAUUAAGAAAUUGUGAUCAUGUAAUCUACAAGGUAGACAAAAAUGCUGGAGAAACUCAGCGUGUGAGGCAGCAUCUAUGGAGCAACGGAAUAGGUGAUGUUUUGGUUUAAGACCCUUCAAGAAGUGUCUCGACCCAAAACGUCACCUAUUCCUUUCGCUCCAUAGAUGCUGCCUCACCCACUGAGUUUCUCCAGCAUUUUUGUCUACCUUCAAUUUUUCCAGCAUCUGCAGUUCUUUCUUAAACAUGUAAUCUCCAGGUCAUUUUUAGAUACAUAAAUCAAGAUGACAAUCAGUUCACAUAUGUUGUAUCUAUUUCUUUAGCUGGGUAAGACUUUUAACAAUCUGUUGGCAAUAUCUUGUGAUCUGUACUUAAUCAAUUAUAAUAAAAUAUGAUUAUCACAA